AUGGAUCCAAUAAAGGAAGCGUUUACGAGUUUUCUUAUAUUUUUAAUACCGAUCGCUCUUACCGCCGCAUUCUUUGGCGUGUGCUACUUCAUUUAUUACAUACACUGCAGAAAGACGAGAGUACCCGAAGGGAAUGGUAUACUAAUGGAACAACUACCAACUGCUUCCAAGGAUUCCAUCUCAGGUGUUUCAACGUCAAGCGCUAAGCCACGCUCUACAACCUCCUCUUCAAGUGCUGUGCCACAUUGUUCGAAAUAUUCUUUGCCUGGAGUCUUGCCACGCACUGCGCCAGCGGGCAUGCCAGGUGUUGCGCACAGCACCGUGCUGCAUUCUACGGCACGUCAUAUAACUGCUCCGGCGCCAUCUUAUGUGCCACUUGUUGUAUCAGGUUCUACGCCACGUACUACGCCAAUUUCUACGCCACGUGGGGCGCGUCGCUCUUUGCCUGGCCAUACGUCUAGUGCUGUGCCAACUGCUGAUCCAAGUAAUGCGCUACUUUCUCCACCUGACACCAUGGCCGACUCUAACCCACGUUCAAGCUCACGUUAUAAGUCACCUACCGCCUCACAUUCUGCGCAAUGCUUGUCUAACCCUGUACCAGCUGAUGCGCAAUCCGUAUCUCGCCCAGAACCAGUUGCUGCACAAUCCUCGUCUCGUCCUGUACAAGCUGCUGCGCAAUCCUCGUCUAGUCCUGUACAAGCUGCUGCGCAAUCCUCGUCUCAUCCUGCACCAACUGCUACCUCACGUCUUAUGCCACGUUCUGAACGACGUGCUGACCGACGUUCGGCGCCACCUGCUCCGUUACAUACGCGUAGUAAUAUGCCAACUGCCGAUCCACAUUCCUCGCGACGUUCUGUGCCGCGUACUACCUCGGAUUCGGGGCAAGGGCCUUCUAAGUCGCGUUCUAAGCGUCCUUCUGUGCUACACCAAACGUCAGUUUAG